AUGUCCGACGACGAGGCCGCUACGCUGUCCAUCACUGACUGGCCCAUUCAGGACGCCCCCUCACCUACCGAUAGCAUCAAAUCCGACAUCGAACUCGAUGAUCGUACAGCCGUCGGUGAUACUCCGUCCCAACCCAUCCAGAAGCGACGUCGAGUCACCAGAGCCUGCGACGAAUGUCGUCGGAAGAAGAUUAAAUGCGACGGCAAGCAGCCCUGCACACACUGCUCCGUCUACAGCUAUGGUAAGUCGCAUCUUGUUCACAAUCUUCUUGCGCCCUUCGUCGCCCGUAGAAUUCCUGCUCACUCCGUCUGUGUCCUGCUAGACUGCACAUAUGACAAGCCUUCCAAUCGAAGGCGCAAUCCAGCGCCGCAAUAUAUCGAGGCUCUAGAAGGCCGUCUACACCGCGCUGAGACCCUGCUGCGCAAGUUUAUGCCCGACAUUGAUCUAGCCGAUCCCAACAUGGACCCCAAUGUUCAGGCCGAAUUCCAAAACCGCGAGCAAUCUCGAAUACAAGCCGCCAGCAAGAUGCAAAGCAGCGCCCACAUGCCGCAACCAUCCGCCCCCGAUCCCCAAUUGGUAUCCAUGGUCGACUCUCUCGGGCAGCUCGAUAUCGACGACCGCGGCGAUUGGGAUUUUCACGGCAACUCGUCCGGUGUCGUCUUCCUCAGGAAGAUGAAGGAUCAAUUUCGCGGCCUGCUUGGAACCACGGCAUCUGCUCCCUUUCUGCCGCGUCCCGACCAACUCUCUGCCGUCCUCAAUCCAGAAUCUGCAUCCAUGCACGCCAAUUCUCCCCUCUCGACCAUGUCCACCUAUCCCGAACUACCUCCUAAAGACGUUGCUCGAAGAUUAUGCUUCUACUCCCUCACCUGCGCCACCUGUCUCACCCGUAUCGUCCACGUUCCCACAUUCAACAGCCAGUUUGAGCGAAUAUAUGGAAUCCCACUAGAAAACCUCGGUCCCGAGGACACUCAGUUUCUCGGCCUUUUGUUCGCCAUCCUCGCCCUCGGCUGCAUGUACCACAGCUUCGACGCCUCCGCCGCCGAAGGCGCUGGGUACAGGGCCGCCAUGGAAGAGGGAACCAAAUAUUUCAAAACAGCCCGAGCUCUCAUAAAAGACAUUGGGGACUGUCGCACGUUGACGUCGAUACAAGCUCUUCUCUUCAUGACUCUGUUUCUCCAGUCUACCUCUAACCUCAGCUCCUGCUACGCAAUCCUCGGUAUAGCAAUGAGAUCAUGCCUCCGAAUGGGUCUGCAUCGUCACUUACAACAUGCGCGACUGAAUCCAAUAGAAGAGCAACUACGCAAGCGAAUAUUUUAUGUCGUCAGACAAAUGGACAUUUAUGUUUCAACAAUGUUGGGCUUACCCCUUAUGCUGAGCAGCGACGACAUUGAUCAGCCCUUUCCGAUGGAGGUCGAUGACGACUAUGUUACCAACCAAGGCGUCAUGCGUCCACCGCCUGGAUCCUCGUCCUUCUUUGAGGCCUUCAAUGCGCAUACGAGAUUGAUGGAUGUCUUAGCUAAGAUUACGAAGCUCAUUUAUCCGACCAAGAUGCCUGGAAGCGUGAAGAUCGAGUUGGGCGGCGCAGGUAACCCUGUCAGCUAUACGCGCAUCAAGGAAAUCGAAGGCGAACUGCAACAGUGGUUUGAGCGCCUGCCUGAGGCGUGGCGUCCAAGCCCAGAGGGGCCCAUCGAAGUCGUCAGAGUACGGCAUCUUCUUCGCUUUUCCUACGCUCAUGUCCAGCUUCUUCUAUAUCGCCCCUUUCUACACUACAUGUCGCCACGUCUCUGCCAAGGUAUCAAAGUUGAUGAACUGUCCUAUGCUUGUGCGGCUGCAGCUGUCAGUGUCUCCCGCAACGUUAUUCACAUCGGCCUAGAAAUUCGAAAGCAGCGAGUUUUGAGUGGACCUUACUGGUUCAUGCUUUACACUGAAUAUUUUGCCGUCCUGUCACUUAUCUUCUUCAUUCUGGAGAACCCUGGGAAGUCGGGAAGCGCCGAAGUGCUGGCCGACGCUCGUGCUGGCCGACAGAUGAUUGCUGACCUAGCAGAGAAGAGCAUGGUUGCAGAUAUGCUGACGACAUCCUUGAACGCCCUCUUCGAGCAGCUACCCGAAGCUCUGGAAAAAGCCCGUGGCAGGGCAAUUGCUUCAGCAAAGCGGUCCAUCAGCAAAUCGAAUGGCAUGGUUGCUGGGCAUGCCGGGUUGUCCCACGUCAUGUCGCCACAACGAUCUGAAGAUCUCAUGCGAACUCACAGUGGCCAUAUGUCGGCUAGCGGCUUUUCCAUGGAUAGCAUGGCACCAUCUGAGCAGACUUUUCUCGAGAAUGGCUUUGGUGGCGGUAUGCAUGAUGUGCUAUCCCUCGACAUGUCUUCUCGAGCCACACCUGACUCUGAAAGCACAGCAGCCAGUUCGAGCCGUAUGGCCUUCAUGCCGCAUUCUGUCGCCGCCCAGAAUGUGCAGAACCCGGUUACCAAGCUUGACGCGCUCAUGUUUCCAUCAGACGACCCCUUUGCGUAUCCUAAUCAGCCAAUGAUGGAGCUCGGCUUCCAGCCGUCCAAGGACGGCACAUCCGUCACCAUGGCCCAAGAUCCCAACUUUUUCUUUCCAGGAACGUUGGAAGAAAUGGGCAACUCGUUUGUGAAUCAACCGCCGCCAUAUAUGACGCCACAAAACGGUCGCCAAAGCAUCGGAGGCAUGAACAUGGGCAACAUGUUUGACAGCAACGGCAUGAUGGCCAUGCAGCAUCCAGCAGCGGCGCAAGCUCUAGCGCAGGCGCAGGCGAGACAACAACAAGCCAGAGCGCAAGCACAGGCGCAGGCGCAAGCUCGGCAGCAGCAGGCAGCACAGCGUGCUCAACAGCAGCAGCAGCAGCAGCAGCAGCAACAGCAGCAGCAGCAACAGCAGCAACAGCAGCAACAGCAGCAGCAGAAUCAGCAGCAGCAGCAGGUCCAGCAGCAACAACAACAACAACGAUCUCGCGGCUUUGGCUUCUUCCACCGACGUCAGCGUCAGCCUCAAGAACAACAACAAGCGCAGCAAAUCGAUCAAAUGUUUACCGAGCACGGCAUGCAGCCAGAUUUUGGCAGUUUCUUCGGCUCAGGCAGAGGCGGCUUUCAAGGCAUGUAA